CGUCUGCCUCUACUCCGAUUGAGGCAACAGAACAGCCUCUGGAUUGUCCAUUUACAUUGCUUUGAGCUGUUGCUCAGCUGUAGGAAACAGAAACGGAACCUAAGCUACGGUAUGGCAGCUGGGAAAAUUCGCUCCACACGCAGACUACGCUGUUGGUUGGUAGACCAGAUCAACAGUGGGCGGUACCGUGGCCUGAUAUGGGAUGACGACGAUAAGACCAUGUUCCGUAUUCCCUGGAAGCAUGCCGGGAAACAGGACUUCCGCAGUGAAGAGGAUGGCGCCAUCUUCAAGGCGUGGGCAGUGUUUAAGGGAAAGUUACCUGACGGGAGUAAUGCUGACCCUGCCUCCUGGAAGACCCGGCUGCGCUGUGCUCUCAAUAAAAGCCCGGAAUUCCAAGAGGUCAACGAGAGGUCACAGCUAGACAUCUCCGAGCCCUACAAAGUCUACCGGCUUGUACCCAUGAGUGAACAAGGCCUUUCAGGGAUGGGUACUGUUAAUGUGAAGAGCCGAGCCAAAACAAGGGGGAGGAAGAGAAAGAGUAGUGAUUCAGACAGCAAUGAGGAAGAGGAGGUGAAGCAGAUGAAAGAGGAGGUCAGCACCUCCCUGCCUGUUACUAUGUCUUCUCAGGAAAUUGAGCACAGCGUUCUUACCAUCCUGCAGGAUCAGGUCGAUCAGCCCUUAGUCAUCCUUAAGAAUGAUGGAUCGGACAAUGAGAUCCAAGUUGAUGUCCGGAUUCAGACCAGUCCUCCACCUGAAGCACAGGACUCGUACAAUGUCUCAGUGAAGUACCUGGGACGGGAGGUGCUUAAAUGUGUGGUCAUGGGCAGCGAUGUCCGGAUCGCCUACCAGCCUUCCUUGCCGGUUCCCCCCCUGCCAGUGACGGGCAGGUUUCCGUGCAUCCAACUCCCAGAACCCCCCUCCACCCUGACCUCCAGCCCAGGCAUUGGGCCUCAACUCCAAGCCCUGUCCACCCUGCUGCCCUUCAUGGAGAAAGGGGUGAUGCUGACUUCCAUAGGGACUGGGGUCUACGCCAAACGCUACUGCCAGGGCCGGAUCUUCUGGACUGGCCCACAUUCAGCCACCGUGGGACCGCACAAGAUGAACCGUGCUGUGGAGCCUGAGAAGCUGUUUGACAAAGAGGUUUUCAGAAUGGAGCUGGACCAUUUCCGCAGCUGUGGGGGAGACCCUCCUCGGUGUGACAUCACCUUGUGUUUCGGAGAGGAGUUCAGUGAGACAGAAGAUCCAUCCAGCAAACUCAUCAUCACACAGAUAACCCUACCCUGGGCUCAGCAGCAGGUCAAGGAAGCUGAAGAAUUUCGGGAAUCUAUGACCUACCUCCGCGACUUUGCCAGCCAGUCAGGAGAUGUCACCAUCAACCUAGUGCCAAUACCCUACCCCUGAGAGUCAAAUCACAGGAAUCCGGUGUAUGGAAUGGAUAUGGAUAACUUUUUGGCUGAAACACUUCGAUCUGAUAAAGUCUUGUCAGACAUGAACCACUAAACUGAAUAGCACUACAUGGAAUGGAAGACUUGACUUGGGGCUAAUCAUUUACCAACCCCAAAUCUUGCUGAAACACUGCUGUUCUAGUCACUUUUACACGAAGUCUGAGACAUUACUAAAUGCCGUUUUUAUAAAUGCUGUGGUACUGCAUCCCACACUUUUCAGGUGCCGUGUUCUUAAAUUUUCCGUAACAGUGUAACUGGUAAGGCUCAUGAACCAUAGUUAGUUGGUGUUUAGCGAUAUGAUUAUUAUCAUGCCAACCAGAAGGGCAGGGUUAUUCAACUCUUAACACACGAGGCCUGGAGCCUCCUGGUUUCUGUUCUACCUCUUUAAUUGCACCCACCUGCCUAUAUAGGUCCCUAAUUAGGGGGUUUCAAUGGAAAACAUGGAACUGGCAUUAAAAUGUAAGAAAAAUCUUUUUUUUUAAUGUUGAGAACACAUUUCUGGAGUAAGCAUCUAGUCUAUCAUCAUUACAGUAAGGAACUAGUGUUUAUAUAAAUGCAACAGCACAAUACUUUAAAUGUUUGUAGAUUUAGUUUAAUAUAUUUGUCAAAGGUUACACACUUUAAUCAGUGGGAAGGAAUGCACAUUGCAUUACGAUACCAUUGACAGCCAGUGGAUUAAGAGGGCUGAUUUGUUACUGUUGGUAAGUGGAUUAACAGCGUGGGUGUUGGGUUUGACAAGGCACACUGGACUGAGCUGGAAGACCCAUCUGUCAAACUGUAAAUAUUUGUUAUUUAUGCAUGUUUUAUUAGAUGUCAAUAUUCUGUGACCACAUUAAAAACGUAUUUCAUGUAA